AUGGACAAGGCCUGCGAAUACGAGCAGGACUUGGAGAAGCGUGCGGGCAAACUGGAGGACCAGCUCGUACUUGGACAGGUCGACACGACCGACACGAAGGCUCGUUACCUUGGAUACCUCGCACGACUCCGACCAGUCCUGAUCUCCUCAACCCGAUACCUCGCCUACUCCUCCGACGUCGGCGAGUCCUUCCGACCAGUCGUCGCGCCACGAGCAGUCACAGCUGCGUACGGUAUCUCGUGGGCGUACGUGACGGGAGAUGUUGCGUACGAGGGAUACAAAGCGAGGAUGCGGGCGCACGAGAUGGCGCCUGAGGCGGUUCAGCAGGUUGUCGGCUUGACCGUCGCCAAGCGAGCAAUCUUCCAGGCAACCGCCUCGAUGCUCCUCCCGUCCCUCACCAUCCACACCAUCGUCAAGUACAGUGCGCUGUGGGUCAAGAAGCAGGGUAUCCAGAGCAUUCGAGUCCGACAAUGGCUGCCCUCUGCUCUCGGUCUCGGCAUGAUCCCCUUCCUCCCGACACUCUUCGACGAGCCUGUCGAGCAAGCCGUCGAUUCUACGUUCGACCGCAUCGAGCGCUCGCUGUACCCCGACGCCGACUUGCCCGUCCGCAAAGCGCUCGAGGCGGGCAAACACCACAUCCACAGCGCGCCCGUUGAAGCGGUCGAGAAGAAGGUGUAG